AUGAAGCUCUUCGCAAAGAAAUCGUCCAAGAAGCAAGGCCAGGACGACGACGACAACCACCAAGAAUCGAGCUACUUCCCCCCCUCUGAGGCCUCUUCUACCACAAAGUCGCCCACAAAGCCCCGGUCGCCCACCAAGUCGCCGACAAAAUCCCCCACAAAAAAACCCUCCCAACCUGCAUCACCAGGCCCUCGGGAGACAAAGCCGUCACGCACAUCCCGCACCUUUGGCCGCCACCCCACCGAUCCGGGCUCACGUAGGAGCAGCAAAAUCGACCUCGACUCGCACCCCCUCAAUCUUCCUCCUGAAGAACGUGCAAAGAGACUGUCUGCACUUUCAGCCAUGAGUGGAAACGCCAUGGACAUCGACCGUGAGUCGAGCGCGGCGCCUUCAUCGCCUCCUGCUGCUGCUACUGCCGCUGCACCCCAACCCUCUGCGCAGACUUCAUUCUCCGUCCCCAAGCCAAACGGCAUCAACACCAAUAUUAACGGCAAUGGCGAUGCUCCAGCCCCUCCCCCUCACAAGUCCAACCCUUCCAGUCCGGUCCCCACGACUGAAGACGAGGCCGAGGCCUACAAGGCAGCCGGGAACAAGUUCUUCAAGGAGAAGGACUACAAGAAUGCCAUUCUUCAGUACUCCAAGGCCAUCGAGUUGGUCCCCGAUUCGUCUACCUAUCUGAGCAACCGCGCUGCCGCAUACAUGUCCAACACAGAGUAUGAGUACGCUCUCGAUGACUGCACUCGCGCCUCCGACCUGGACCCCGAGAACCCCAAGAUCCUCCUCCGACUUGCUCGUAUCUACACUAGCUUGGGUCAGCCCCAAGAGGCCCUGCUCGUCUUCGGCCGCAUCAACCCUCCUCCUUCUGCCAAGGACCAGGCUCCGGCCAAGGAGAUGCUGAAGCAUGUCAACGCUGCGCAAAGUGCCCUGAGAGAUGGCACCGCGGGAUCAAUGGUGCUCCACGCCCUUGACCAGGCCGAGCGUCAACUGGGCUUUAGAGCCUCCAGACCUCGCAAGUGGCAACUCAUGCGUGGUGAGGCAUACCUCAAGAUGGGCACCGUUAACGCCCUUGGCGAGGCGCAGAACCUUGCCAUGAGCCUGCUGAGAAGCAACAGCCAGGACCCCGAGGCUCUGGUGCUCCGCGGUCGUGCCCUUUACGCCCAGGGCGAGAACGACAAGGCCGUCAGCCACUUCCGCAAGGCCAUCAGCUGCGACCCUGACAUGCGGGACGCGGUCAAGUACCUAAGAAUCGUUCAGAAGCUCGACCGCAUGAAGGAGGAGGGCAACCAGGACUACAAGAUGGGUCGCUGGCAGUCCGCCAUCGAGAAGUACAGCGCCGCGCUCGAGGUUGACCCUGCCAACCGCGGCACCAACUCCAAGAUCCUGCAGAACAGAGCGCUGUGCAAGAUCAAGCUCAAGGAGUACGACGCAGCCAUCGCUGACUGCGAGCGCGCCAUCAGCUUGGACUCAACAUACCUCAAGGCUCGCAAGACCAAGGCCAACGCCUAUGGCCAAGCAGGCAAGUGGGAGGAUGCUGUCAAGGAGUGGAAGAACAUCCAAGAGCUGGAUCCCGAGGACCGCAGCAUCGCCAAGGAGGUGCGCAGGGCCGAGCUGGAGCUGAAGAAGAGCCAGCGCAAGGACUACUACAAGAUCCUCGGGAUUGAGAAGGACGCGGAUGACAACCAGAUCAAGAAGGCCUACCGCAAGCUGGCUAUCAUCCACCACCCGGACAAGAACCCCAACGACGAGCAGGCUGCUGAACGCUUCAAGGAUAUUGGAGAAGCCUACGAGACCCUGAGUGACUCUCAGAAGCGCGCUAGCUAUGACAGUGGCGAAGACCUCAUGGACCCAUCUGACAUGUUCAGCCACGGUGGUGGCAUGGGCGGUAUGGGCGGUAUGGGCGGCAUGCACGGCGGCAUCGACCCCGAGAUACUCUUCAACAUGAUGGGAGGCGGCGGCGGCGGCGGCUUCGGCGGUGGUGGUGGCUUUAAUGGAGGCGGCUUCCCCGGCGGAGGUGGCGGCGCACACUUUAACUUUGCCGACGGUGGCGGCCGUUCACGUGGUGGUGGUGGUGCCGGCUUCGGCGGACGUGGUUUCAACUUCUCGACCUGA